AUGAUCCACAACAAGAUUUUAGUUGGGCUAUGUCUGUGUCUCCUACUAUCAGGGGUGGCCAGUAAAGAUGAGGAAGCUAUUUCUGAUGAUUCUCAGGAUCUCAGAGCUGACGCUACCGGAUACGGAGGAGGUGGUGGAAGUUAUGGAGGAGGAGGAGGCGGAAGUUAUGGUGGAGGUGGUUUUGGAGGAAUUGGAGGUGGAUUGGGUGGAUUUGGUGGUGGUGGUGUAGGAGCAACAGUUCUUGCUAUUCCUAUCAGUCUGUCGUCCGUAGGAGGUGGAUUUGGCGGUGGAUAUGGAGGCGGUGGAAUAGGAGGUGGUGGACUUGGACUUGGUGGUGCAAUAGGAGGCGGUGGAUAUGGUGGCGGUGUAAUAGGGGGUGGUGGAUAUGGUGGCGGUGGAAUAGGAGGUGUUGGAUAUGGUGGCGGUGGAUUUGGAGGUGGUGGAUAUGGUGGCGGUGGUCUUGGAGGUGGUGGGUAUGGUGGAGGUGGAUUUGGAGGGGGUGGACUUGGAGGUGGAGGUAUCAUUACUCUUCGACUAUCCUCUGUAAAUGUUGGCGGUCUUGGUGGUGGAUUUGGCGGAGGCGGAUCUGGAAGAGGUGGUGGGAAAGGUGGAUAUGGAGGAAGAUCAAUCUGGUGGGAUUAA